GGGGCUAGCAGGAGGGUGUGUGUGGGGCGGGAGCGGACAACGGAGACCAGACCUACUGCAGCCAUGCGGGCGAGCGGCUGUGUGGAUGUCGGCGAAGCCGCGGGCGAGCCAAGCACUGAUGUCCUACAUCCCCCUGAGCCUAGGAUGGGAACUCCCUCCUAAGGAACCUCCACAUUCCCAAGGAGGACAUGGAGACUCCAAAAAAGGAAGUGAUUCCACAGAGUCGACACAGCUGCUGAGAAGUCAGCUGGCUCCUGGCACCUACAUCCUGGCUGGACCCUACCCCCCAAGGCUUGAGGGCUGAGGCAAGGAUCAUGGGAGUUUCAGCCUGCAGAGAGAGCAGAAGGAUCAGGCACAGCCUUGCUCUCAAAGAGGUCCCAAUGCAGCGGGGGACACCGUGGGGCAGCGGUGGCAUCCGGCAUGGCAGCAGUGAUGGUCGGGAGAAGAUGGAGCGAGGAUCAGUGAGGCACCGUUAGGAGUGAUGAACCCGGGGAGUUGGACGGAACAUAACGUCUGGCUGGAAAGAUCACUUUGGGAAGCAGUGACAUCCAACCUGUAUCAAGUCUUCUAAUCUGUGAACAUGAGAUGGUGACCUUGCUCUGUGGCCCAGGCUGGUCUCGAACUCCUGGACUCAAGCGAUCCUCCUGCCUGGGCCUCCUAAAGAUUCAGCUGCUUUUGGAUCAACCGAUCGCCUUAAGACCUUUUAACUCGAACACCUGUCACAUCCUAGGAUCCGCGAAGGACUGAAACAGAGUUUCUGAAGCGUCCCUCGGCGCAGUAGCUCCGCUCCACCUCCCAUUCGCGCUACCACCGCGGCCUCAGCCCCAGGAGUCGCCGCGGAGCCAGCGUCGCCCUCCAGCUGUUGCGGGUCGGAAGCCGGAAGCAGGGACUGAGCCACAGACUAGGAAACGCCGGUUUCUCCGGGGCUCCCCAGCGCCCCACCUUUACCCUGGAGGCCGCCCUCUUCCAUUUGCUCUUGGGCGUCAGGGCGGUACCCCACUCCGCUAGACCCUUUGGAUGCGCUCGCACUUCCUCCCGUCCAGAGUCAAAGGCCCCGGAAGUGACGUUUACGAGCCGUGCGUAACGUGCGUUCGCUGGCGGUGCCGGGGGCGGGGCGAGCAGGAGGGUGGGUGUGAGGCGGGAGCUGGCCGCGGAGCCCAGACCUACCCGAGCGAAGCGGGCGAGCGGUGGUUUGGACGCCGGCGGAGACGCGGGCGAGUGGUUAGCAGGAAGAAGAUGAGCCUUAAGUCUGAACGCCGAGGAAUUCAUGUGGAUCAAUCGGAUCUCCUGUGCAAGAAAGGAUGUGGUUACUACGGCAACCCUGCCUGGCAGGGUUUCUGCUCCAAGUGCUGGAGGGAAGAGUACCACAAAGCCAGGCAGAAGCAGAUUCAGGAGGACUGGGAGCUGGCGGAGCGACUCCAGCGGGAGGAAGAAGAGGCCUUUGCCAGCAGUCAGAGCAGCCAAGGGGCCCAAUCCCUCACAUUCUCCAAGUUUGAAGAAAAGAAAACCAACGAGAAGACCCGCAAGGUUACCACAGUGAAGAAAUUCUUCAGUGCAUCUUCCAGGGUCGGAUCAAAGAAGGAAAUUCAGGAAGCAAAAGCUCCCAGUCCUUCCAUAAACCGGCAAACCAGCAUUGAAACGGAUAGAGUGUCUAAGGAGUUCAUAGAAUUUCUCAAGACCUUCCACAAGACAGGCCAAGAAAUCUAUAAACAGACCAAGCUGUUUUUGGAAGGAAUGCAUUACAAAAGGGAUCUAAGCAUUGAAGAACAGUCAGAGUGUGCUCAGGAUUUCUACCACAAUGUGGCCGAAAGGAUGCAAACUCGUGGGAAAGUGCCUCCAGAAAGAGUCGAGAAGAUAAUGGAUCAGAUUGAAAAGUACAUCAUGACUCGUCUCUAUAAAUAUGUGUUCUGUCCAGAAACUACUGACGAUGAGAAGAAAGAUCUUGCCAUUCAAAAGAGAAUCAGAGCCCUGCGCUGGGUUACGCCUCAGAUGCUGUGUGUCCCUGUUAAUGAAGACAUCCCAGAAGUGUCUGAUAUGGUGGUGAAGGCGAUCACAGAUAUCAUUGAAAUGGAUUCCAGGCGUGUGCCUCGAGACAAGCUGGCCUGCAUCACCAAGUGCAGCAAGCACAUCUUCAAUGCCAUCAAGAUCACCAAGAACGAGCCGGCGUCAGCAGAUGACUUCCUCCCCACCCUCAUCUACAUUGUUUUGAAGGGCAACCCCCCACGCCUUCAGUCUAAUAUCCAGUAUAUCACGCGCUUCUGCAAUCCAAGCCGACUGAUGACUGGAGAGGAUGGCUACUAUUUCACCAAUCUGUGCUGUGCUGUGGCUUUCAUUGAGAAGCUAGACGCCCAGUCUUUGAAUUUAAGUCAGGAGGAUUUUGAUCGCUACAUGUCUGGCCAGACCUCUCCCAGGAAGCAAGAAGCUGAGAGUUGGUCUCCUGAUGCUUGCUUAGGCGUCAAGCAAAUGUAUAAGAACUUGGAUCUCUUGUCUCAGUUGAAUGAACGACAAGAAAGGAUCAUGAAUGAAGCCAAGAAACUGGAAAAAGACCUCAUAGAUUGGACAGAUGGAAUUGCAAGAGAAGUUCAAGACAUCGUUGAGAAAUACCCACUGGAAAUUAAGCCUCCGAAUCAACCAUUAGCAGCUAUUGACUCUGAAAACGUUGAAAAUGAUAAACUUCCUCCACCACUGCAACCUCAAGUUUAUGCAGGAUGAUCACAAUUUAGUGGAGAGUAUUUAUUUGAGCCUAAAUUGUAGGUAGCCCUUACUACACUCAAUUGAUUGGGAUCUAGAAUGUAACUAAAUUGCUUAUAAAUGUCAGAGCAUUUUUUAAAGGUACAGUGUAUGGGGAUUGUUUUGUUUUUCCUAGCAGGGGAACCUUAGUUAAUAAUAAAAUACUACUUAUUUGAGUUACUGAUACAGAUUCAUUUAAGGCUUGUGUGCAAAUUUUGUCUCAAUCUUUUUUCCCUCCAUGAUUUUCCUAUGUGCUUCCUCUGGCAUUCACUGUGGUUUUGGUAAAUAAUUGCCUUUUAAAGGAUAAAACAAAUGAAUGCUACAAAGUGUAUGUUCAAGGAAAUUAAAUGGUAUCACUCUUCCACAGUUUGGAAUAAUUUUAUAAUUGUAAAGAUAGAAAUUAUAUUGAUAAGUAAAUAUGUAAAAUUGUAAAUAUGUAAAAAAAAGAAUGGUGUCUGCUGUGCAUGGCAUUUUAUAUGUUAAUUUUUUAGUUUAAAAUGAAGUAUAUUGAAUGUUUGCCUUUAGCACCAUUUUAUUUGGUUUAUCCCACUAAAAUGACUCGAGAAGUGUUUAGACAAACUCCCCUUAAGAUGUGCACUCCAUCUUUAAGAACGUGUUAGCCUUAACUUUGAGGUUCUAUAUAGUCAGAGACUAUGACACCACUAAGGUUCAGAAUAAAGUUUAGGCCACAUAAAAUUGCUGUUUAAUGUAGUCGAUGGAAGACUUUAAACCAUGCUUCUAGCUUAUUUUUCCCUCAUUCAUUCAGCAAAUCUCUAUUGAGUUCUUCAGUGAGAAGGAGCAGGCACUGGGCCUGGAAUGGAAGGCGGGAAUGAAUGGGUCUCUGAUGGUGAGAGGUGACGGGGUCCCUCAGCUGUGAGAUGCAAGGGGCGCCUUGCAGCCUCCAUAAUAUACAUUUGACUUUGCAAACGUCUAGACAUGUUUUCUGAACCUUUUUCAGGACAUUUCAAGCUCGGGACUAUUCAUAUUAGUGGCCUGAGAGGUGUUUGUUGUGGGGCCACCCUGUGCAUGGUAGAAUGUUCAGCAGCAUUCCUGCCAUCCAUAUCCAUUAGGUGCCAGUAGCACCCCCCCCAGAGCUGUGAAAAAUUCUCUCCAGACAUAGUCAGAUGUCUCCUGGGGCCAUAUCACCCCUCCGUUAAGAACCACUGAUCUCUUUUACAAACCAGGAGUUAUCCUCCUGGUGGUUAAUAUGGUGUAACCAAAGAAUCUUGCACUCAAUGCACAGUGUGAUGUUAACUAAACAAGUAAAAUAUUUAGGAGGCUCGACAGCUACCUGCAUUGUAGAACCUUUUCUUAUCUCAGUGGAACCUUCUAUAACCUAAAUAUACCAUUGAUGAUUUUUCUUCCAUUCAGUGACAUCCACAGAUUAUGCAGCUAUACUUGUGAAAUUGUGCAUGAGGCCCCAGGGCACCGUUCUAGAACAACGUCACUUCACACAGGCAGCUGAGAAAGGUUCUCUUGCUUUUCCAGUAUCUUCCUAAGGAUGGAGGCCAAAAUUGCAGAGCAGUAACUUUGGAAUAAAACCAGGGUGGGUAUAAAACUUCUUAAAUUUACAUAUAAGAUCUAUCAAGCUUGACACAUCUGUGUCAUCAUGCACUGAAGACAGGAAGCAGUUCACUGAGUCAGCUGGUUCCCAAGCUCGCACAGAAGGUGAUAAGUUACUAUCAAAUGCCAGUGAGAAUCUUCUUAUAGAAUAACCUGGGCCCAAGUGAUUUUAGUACAAAACUUGCCCUUCUUUGGUUUAAUUUUCUAUGUGCUUUUAGGUGUGAAUCCAGAUAUGCGGUCUUAAUUCCUUUGGAAAUACACAGUUCGUUUAGUUACUGUACACUCUGUUUGUUCAAUAAACUGCAUAUCAACUUCCCACAAAAGCUGACUUUUUUGGGUCUCUUACAUAUAAAGUAGGUCAUUGAAUUGAUUUUUUUGGAGGUAUCUCAUAUUGGUCGAAUUCUUCUGGUAUGGACUCUUGCCUUAUAUAGAGGCUUCUAUUUCUCUUAAGUCAGCAUCAAUACAACGGCCGGAGUUUCUGUUUUUGCAAUAAGAAGAUGUUGGUAUUUUAUGUAGGGUAAAUGUGACUGGAAUACACCUUUGGAACAGAAUUCUUUAUCAAUAAAGUUUCACAAUCCGUCCCUCUUCCAAAAA